AUGACUGAGCCUGAGAACAGGAACAAGAAUCUCCCUGAUAAGGCUACAGACAAGAUUGAUGAAACUGUCAUCAGCGAUGGAAAGUGGAAGAGACGAUUUGGAUUUAUAGGUAUAUUCACUUUGAUCUUGAUUACACUCACUCUUCAAUCACUCGUGUCCCUCUCUACAGCUAUCAUUCACCCUUUGGAUCUGAUACAUGCAAAACUAGUACCGGGAAAGGGUGACGGGAUACCUAGUAGAAUAUCUGUGGGUGGGUCAGGAGGAUGUAUGUGGUUUGAUGAUCUGAGCGGUUCCCCCGCAAAAUGUACCAUGGGAAUUCAUUUUCACCCCGACCCCGAAAGCCUAUCACUAUCAGAAGAGACAGAUACUAUCUUGUGGGCCUUGAGCGCUAGAAUCGGUGUAUGGAGAAUAUCAAAUUUCUUAGCUACCGGUUUGCUGGCUUGCGGUUUGAUCUCGUUCGUUCUAGCUAUAAGAUUUAGGAGAAUAAGAACUCUCACAUCAGCUAUCUUCUACCCUGCAACCUAUCGGAGUGUCAUUUGGUUAUGGGUCGCAUCGACUAUACUAGUCAGUGUAACUUCUUGUCUUUUCGCUUGGGUCUUCGAACCGGAUGAAUCGGGGUCUGCUGAAACAGUGGAAGAGGUCAAGGAAGAAGAGCGUCAAACGAGGAGGAGGACUGUUAACGAUAAUGAGGUAUGA